ACACAGUGGGUCACGUGACUAAUAAAAGGCGAAGGCUGUGAGUGUGCAGUGUUGGUGUUUAGCUUAGCGCUAGCACUUUGUUCGGAAAGUCGAUAGCGGGUACUUCAGUGCACCAAAUGACGACUACGUUUCUGCACAGUGUUUCUGUAGCGGUGGCUAAUGUAAGGUAUUUGUAAAAAGGAAAAUACGGUGUGUGAGCAGGCCUGUGUUGACAGGAAGCGACUUGGCUAGUCAGUCAGUCAGUCAGCUUGUCCUGCUCCUGCGGGCUAGUUUUAAAAUGUGAAGAGUAAUUUGAAUAAAUGACGCUGUGAGGACCGGCUGGAGUAACUGUCGCCUUGAGGACGGAAACCUGUCUUCAUGCCGUAUGACCUGGGGAACAGAUCAGCCUGGGGUAGACUGACAGAAUGAACGGCACACAGCAACAUGACCUGAAAAGACAAAAUCUUCUGGAAAGAUUGCUGGAUGCAGUUAAACAGUGCCAAAUUCGUUUUGGUGGAAGGAAGGAGAUUGCUUCAGACUCUGACAGCAGAGUCAUAUGCCUGUGUGCCCAGUUUGAGGCUGUGCUUCAGCAUGGUCUAAGGAAGAGUCGAGGCCUGGCGCUCACUGCUGCUGCCAUAAAGCAGGUGGCUGGCUUCACCAGCAAGACAGAAGGAGAUUUGACAUUCUGGUUCUAUGUGAAAGAGCACCUGAACCGUCACGAGCUGCAGCGUUUCUACUCUCUAAGGAACAUCUGGUCUGAGCUGGGCCGAGGCAGGGCUUGGCUCCGCUGUGCCCUCAACGAGCACUCUCUGGAGCGCUACCUCCACAUGCUGCUGGCUGACCGCCCUCGGCUGAGUGCAUUUUAUGAUGAGUGGGCUUUUAUCCUUGAUGAGGAGAGAGCCAGUAUGCUUCCCACUAUGGCUGCAGGGCUGAACUCCAUCCUGUUCGCCAUAAACAUUGACAACACAGAUCUGAAUGGGCAGGCACGCACAGGACCGUCUGUCUCACUUCUGCUAAAAGAGUCCACACAGGGCAUGAGCAGUCUAUGGAAGGAGUCGACGCAGGGUGUCAGCACCCUGCUCAGAGAGAUCGGCACGGCCACAGCUGUGGUGCCCGUUUUUGCACCGCGUUCAGACUGUCCCUCUGACCCCCUGCCCGUCCUUCCCCGGAGCACAUCCGCAGACUCCGGUUUGAGGAAAGAGCGCAGGAGGAAGAAGAAAAUCACUAACAUCAUUUCAUUUGAUGAUGAUUUGGACGCGGGAGCAGAGGAUGAAGAUGAGGGGUGUGGGGGUGUCAGGAGGAGUCUGAGGAAGAGUACAAUGGGUGAGGUGAACUCAGAGGAAGUUCUAGAGGCUUGUGAGUCAUCCCCCUCACAGAAUGGGCUGCCUGAGCCAGAGCAUGGCAUCCUCAGUUGGGCCGAAACUCCUCCACAGAAUGGGGUUCUUCUUGACACCAAGAGCAUUGACCACGAGGAAGAUGAGGACGAAGAUUUUUAUGGCAAGAGCCAGCCAGCACUUCAAGAGGACCACGGGAGUGGGGAACAGGUUGUAGUUGGGAGCUUGUCCAGUGUUUUGACUUGGAGCCCUAGGCCGAUCAUUACGGAGGCUGACAACGACAGCUCAGACAUCCUCAUCCCUCUUACUGCAGCAGAGACCUACAGCCCGAAAGUUGAGUGCUCUGUUGAGAUGAUAGGAUUUCAUGAACAAACAGAGAGCUCGAGUCCAGCCACUGACACUGAAAAACCAAAAGCUGAGCCCGAGUUCAGCAUGGAAUCCAACUUGUUGACCCAGAAUGCCUCUGUGACCAGUGUAGUGACCAGUCCUGGCUUGCCUGACUCUAUGACUAUGGCCGAACUACGUCAAGCUAUUGUGGCCAUGAUGAACAGGAAGGAUGAGCUCACUGAGCAGAACACGUCUCUGCGCAGUCUGCUGGAUGGAGAGAUGGAGCACUCAGCUGGGCUGCGGCUCGAGGUUGACAGUCUAAAGAAGAAGCUGGCUGAUCUAGAGGAGAGACACACUGCCAAAGUUCAGGCCCUUGGGAGGGAAAAUGAGGUGCUGAAGGUCCAGUUGAAGAAAUAUGUGGGUGCUGUCCAAAUGCUGAAGAGAGAAGGCAACCAGAGCAUUGACUCUCUCCCCACGCUGAUAAACUGUGAAAGCUCUGCUCCAGCUGUGCAGCACAGGUCAGUGGCAGAUGUGGAGGAACUGGCAGCUAGCUAUGAGCGUAAACUCAUCGAGGUGGCUGAGAUGCAUGGAGAGCUAAUUGAAUUCAAUGAGAGACUGUAUCUUUCACUUAUGGCUAAAGACAACCUGAUCGGUCAGAUGAGACAGGAGCUUAUUGACCUUCGAGGCCCGGUGCCCGGUGAUCUGAGUCAGACUUCUGAUGAUCCCAGUCUGUCCGACUUUGAGACAGCUCACCGUGCUCUUGUCAACGUGUGGAUCCCCUCUGUCUUUCUGCAAGGCCGGGCUGCCAACGCCUAUCACGUCUACCAGGUGUACAUCAGGAUCUUGGACAAUGAGUGGAAUGUCUACCGGCGUUACGCAGAGUUCAGAGCACUCCACAAUCACCUGCGAGCCAAGUUCCCUCAAGUCGACACCUUCAGCUUUCCCCCCAAAAAAGCCAUUGGAAACAAGGAUGCCAAGUUUGUGGAAGAAAGAAGGAAGCACCUGCAGUGUUACCUGCGCAUGGUGAUGAAUAAACUCAUCCAGACACUGCCUGAGUUCACUGCCUGCCCUACCAAGGAAACACUGCUGCAGCUGCUGCCAUUCUGCCAGGACACCCCUGCUGCCAAUGAGAGUGGGAGUAAAACAGGCCGAUCAAAGGCAUCAUCUCGUUUCCCCCGGCUGGGCUGCAGUUCUGGCCGUGAUGCUCGUAACCCAGAGCCCCAGAGUGGUGACCUUUAACUUUCUAUUCACACAGUAUAUGUUGAGAGAGAUACUGACAUCUGACCUGCCCUCUGAAUCGUGGAUUCCAUGAGGUCUGUUGUCUUAACCUUCAGAACUGAGGCUUGAUUCUAUAAAACUCAACCACCUUUUCCAUUAUGGAUAUACAUGGAGAUGAGAUGCGUCGAGGAACUGGAGUCCAACAGAAUACUUUUCUGUUUAUCUCUCAGUGGUGAGGUGGAGCUUUCUGUUACUACGGUGCCUAGUGUUUUAUAGCAGACAUCAUCAAAAGAAAGCAGGAUGUAAUUCUUGCACAACCCUAAAUCCCUGAUGAUGCUUUAGUGAAAGUUGUGGAUUCACUUUGAAGUAACUUGCACAUGAUCAUAUACUCAACUUGACCAAAUUAAAGGGGAAAUACCUUUUUUAUGUUUUGUUACUAUGCUAUACUGUAUGUUGGACACAGUAAUGUAUUACAGUACUCUUACAUGUAAUGACUUAAUGGCUGAGCAAAUACAAUCCUUUUCACUUUUUCCAUUGUAUAAAUGUUCAAUAAUGUCCAUGAUACAUCAGGAAAACUGGAUAGAUUAUAGCGGAAUAUAUCUGACAUUAUCUAAAAUCAUGAAAAUGCUGCCUGAAUGAAUAUGCUGCCUGUUUGUAUGUGGCCACUCUUGUGGAUGUGGAGAGCCUGAAUUAUCACGAUUCUGGAUAUUUCCAUUACCCUUUAUUUUCCAUGAUGACCCAGAGUUUUGUUACACAAAGCCAAAUGCACAGUGGGGCCAGACUAGCUGUAAUUACAUUAGUGGACACUCCACUAAAUGAAUGAACAAAUCAUGUUUCUUUAUUUUUAUGUUUGAGCACAAUAAUGAUCCUGUGUAUAUACUGAAUGCAAUUUUCCUUUUAUUUUACUUCAGCUUGACAAAUGACAAUGUCAUUGUUUAUUGACUGUUAAACUUAUGUACACUAAGAUGAAAGAAAUCAUAUUCAAAUGAGUACAUUAUUGAAAUGUAUUCCAUAUAACAUCGUUGCCAUUAGCCUACAUUCGUUUUCUGUCCAUCUGACAGUAGCUUUUGCCAACAGCAGCUUUAUACUGGAUAUCAGUUUUGCAGUCUUUUGUACAUUAGCAGUACUCAGCAGGCUCGGUGGUUUUCUUUAUAGCAGCAGUGGCAGAGCUGCCAGCCUUAAACCAGUGAAAAGAGCAAAAUGAAUAAAACAGUAGAACUAA